AUGGCUCCCCCAACCGUUGCCGCUGCCAUCUUCGAAGGCCUCAAGGGCUCGUGGCGACUCCGCAGGUCGCUGAACAGUCAGCUCUCUGGCUUCCCAAGCGGCAUAUUCGAGGGUGUGGCACAAUUUCGACCCAGGACUCCCACUGCCCACUCCGCUGCGGGCGAGCUUGUCUACUCAGAGCAAGGAGAGCUGAAGACAGACAACGGCUUCACACUCAAAGCAAACCGCAAGUAUGUCUAUCGCUACAAUGCCGAUGAGGACAAGAUCUCGGCAUGGUUCGUCAAGGAAGACACCAAAGCCAAAGACGGCGAAGAAGAGGUAGACUAUCUAUUCCACGACCUGGAAAUUGAUGCCGAAGGAAAAGGCAUUGCCGGUCGUGGUGAGCACUUGUGUGUGUUGGAUAUGUACUGGGCCUAUUAUGAAUUUCGUCUACCCAAGCUGGCUGAGGUUGGUGCAAGUGAGAGAAUGGAUGUGUUCGGUGUGCGGUAUAAGGUGAAAGGGCCACAGAAGGACUACACAAGCGACACUGCCUACGAGCGUACCUUUAGUGAGGAUGUCGCUGUCUUGUAA